CUGGACGUCUCCCUCUCCCUCUGCUCACAUAGAGGCAGAACAUGUAGACCUAACCACACAAAGACUGGAUUCCUCCCACACAACAUGGCUCGGUGCUGGACGCAUUUGACCGAGCUCCUGGUCCUCCUGGCAGCCGGUGCUGUCCACUCUUUAGGAGCAUAUGUGUUGUGUAAGUGGUGCGAUGCUUCCACACCUCGGUGCAAAGACCACAUCUGUUUCAGCAACUGCAACCUGACCUCCACCUGCGAAUCUGAUACAGAAAUCUGUGUUUCUAUUUGGAGGAAGACAAAUGACUCAGUGAAGGUGCAAACGAUGUGCCAUGACCCCAAAGUGCCCCUAGAUGGCGUUGACCCAGCAUUGUUGCUGAAUUUCACCUCCAGAAAAUGUGCCAUGGUCCAUCAGCCUUCAGUGAAAGGGACCAUGAUGGUCUGUGGAUGCCAAGGCGAAGAGGAAUGUAAUGACAGGCUCAUCUUUAGCAAGGGAUUCAGUGGUUUCUCUGGGUUGCAAAAUAAGGAUGUGAUUGGAGUGGUAGUCAUCAGUUUGGUACCUCUCGUCCUCAUAGUCAUAGUGGCCACUGCUGCCUUCUAUUUCUACCGGAUACGCCGCCAUGAUUGGCCUUCCAAACCCACACCAGAGCUCUAUCAGGCCUUGGCCGUACCACACGGUGGACCAGUGCCAAGAGACGAAGGAGGAGAAAAAAGACGAGAGGAUCUUGAUAUCGAACAGGAGGAUUUUCAUACCAAAGAGCUGAGUCUAAGAAAUGACAUCAGUUAUAGGUCAGAUUUGCAAAGGGAUGACCUCCUGUCCAUCAAACUGGAUCAAAUGGUGGGGAAGGGACGCUUUGCUGAGGUGUGGAGGGCACGGCAGCUGCACAGUGAGAAAGGGGGAGUCAACCGGUAUAAAACUGUGGCUGUAAAGGUGUUCCCGAGUAAGGAAUAUGCCUCUUGGAAAAACGAGUGCUCUAUCUUCUCUGACUCUACGCUGCACCAUGACAACUUAGUUCAGUUCCUUGGAGCCGAAGAGAUACCAAGUAGCACUCUCCAAACCUACUGGUUGGUCUUGGCCUACUACAGCCUUGGAAAUCUGCAGGACUUCCUUACGUCUAACAUAGUAAGCUGGGAGGAGCUGAUUGCCUUGGCAGGUUGCAUUGCCAAAGGAUUAGCUCACCUUCACAGUGACACAACAACCAAUGGAAUACCAAAGGUACCUGUUGCCCAUCGUGACAUAAAGAGCAGCAAUGUUGUGGUAAAGAACAGAAAGGAGUGCGCCCUGUGUGACUUUGGUCUUGCUUUGCGGCUUGAUCUCUCCCUAACAGUAGAUGACUAUGCCAACAGUGGACAGGUAGGAACAGCACGAUACAUGGCCCCUGAGGUACUCGAAUCCAGAGUGAACCUGGAGGACCUCGAGGCCUUUAAACAGAUGGAUGUGUACUCCAUGGCUAUGGUCCUUUGGGAGAUGGCUUCUCGGUGUGAUGUCAUUGGAGGUAGGUGAAUACCUACAGUGCAUUCCUGUUUA